AUGGCGGGAGGUCGCAAGUCCAAGGCCGCAGCUCCGGCUCGUCCCCAAAACACGCUCGUCAUCGACAAUGGCGCCUGGACGCUCAAGGCCGGCCUCGUCUGCGGCGGCUCGAUUCCCGAGCCUCGCGUGAUCCCCAACUGCAUCGCGCGCGACCGCUCCAGGAAGAUUUACGUGGGCGCCGAGCUCGAAAAGUGCCGCGAUUUCAGCGAGAUCCAGUUCCGGCGGCCCGUGGAAAAGGGCUACCUGGUCAACUGGGAGGCGCAGAAGGAGAUUUGGGACCAGGAGCUGUUUGGCGACAAGGCAGAGCUGAAAUGCGAUCCCGGCGAGACGAGGCUGAUGCUCACGGAGCAGCCGAACACGCUGCCCGUGCUGCAGGCCAACUGCGACCAGAUUGUCUUUGAGGAAUACGGCUUCUCGAGCUACUACAGAGGGAUUGGAUCAUCAUUCAAUGCCUAUCACGACCUGCAGAGCCUGUUCCGCACGCCAAAAGACGCCCUCACAGCCGCAAACACGCCAGCCGAAAUCAUGCUGGUCGUCGACUCCGGCUUCUCCCACACAACCAUCACCCCUCUCCUCGGCGGGCGACCCCUCCACUCGGCCAUCCGGAGAAUCGACAUUGGCGGCAAGUUUCUGACAAACUACAUGGCCCGCCUCAUCUCCCUGCGCCACUUCGACAUGCGCAACGAUCUGUACAUUGUCAACGAGAUGAAGGAGGCGUCGUGCUACGUCUCCGCCGACUUCAAGGCCGACCUGGAGCGCACGUGGAAAGGAACCAGGGGAGAGAAGCGCCAGGAUUACCUGUCCGGGGCCGGCAUCGUCAAGGAUUACGUCCUGCCGGACUUCCACACCCGGCACAAGGGCAUCCUCCGCGAAUACGAUCCGGCGCAGCACACGAAAUCCAAAAAGCUCGCCGCCAUGGGCGAAUCGGAGGAAGACGUCUUGACGCUCCGAAACGAACGCUUCGCCGUCCCUGAGCUCAUCUUCCGCCCGUCAGACGUGGGCAUGCGGCAGCCCGGCCUUGCAGAUGCCAUCCAGCAGUCUCUCCACGAGCUCCCCAUCGGCCUCUGGCCGGGGCUUCUCGCCAACAUUGUCGUGGUGGGCGGCAGCUCCUUGUUCGACGGCUUCAUCCAGCGCUUGCAAAAGGAGCUGGUGCAGCUUGUGCCCGACGAUUGCAUAGUUCGCGUCGCUCGCCCUGCCGACCCCAUCACCAACACCUGGUACGGAGCAGCCAACAUGGCGAACCACCCGAACAUCGACAAAGUAGCCGUCACGAAACAGGAGUACGAGGAGCAUGGCAGCGCAUGGAUAGCCCGCAGAUUCUCGACAGGUCUCUUGACAUCCUGA